GCCCAAGCCAGAGGUGCAGGCACUCUACCGCAGCAUCGAGCGGCGCCUGCGGAGGAGGUCGUGGGCGGGAAGAGGAGAGAUGAGGAGGCGCCGCGUGGCAACGGUGGGGAUUCACGUGCGCGUGCGCGACCAGGUGGUGUGGGCGGGCGACAGGGGGGCGCCCAAGGCGCUCGACGACACGCAGGUGGAUGUGCUGCUUGCCCGCGCCCGCAGGUGGCUUCUGUGCGCUCGGCGGGUGGAGGCGUACUGGUUCCCGUCGUCCGUGGUGGUGCGCUGGAUGCUCGUCACCAACUCAGCGCAGCUCAAGGCCGCCAUUAAAUCCCAGUUUCCCCACAAGGUCAUCACCACCGACUUUAUCCCUCGGCAUUCAAAUAGUCUGAGCUCUAGUUCUGCUGGCGGCAGUGGCAAUGCCUCCUCCACUCUGAGCCUAAGGGAGCUUGAAAGGCAGCAGCAGGAAGAGGCAAAACUCGAGCAGGAACGUUUGUUUCAGGAACUGUUUCCCUCCCUUCCCCCUCUCAAAUCCCCCCCUUCUCACUCUCAAAUCCCCCUUUUCUCCCUCUCAUCCCUUCCCUUCUUCUCCCCCUCAUUUUCCGCCCUGCUCCCUCUCAUUUCUCCCUCUUCUCCCCCACAUGUCCCCCCCUUCUCCCUCUCAUUUCCCUCCCUUCUCCCUCUCAUUUCCUCCCCUUCUCCCCCUCAUUUCCCGCCCUUCUCCCUCUCAUUUCCCCCCUUUCUCCCCCAAAUGUCCCCCCCUUCUCCCUCUCCUUUCCCCCCCCUCUCCCUCUCAUUACCCCCCUCCCCUUCUCCCCCUCAUUUCCCCCCCUUCUCGCUCUCAAAUCCCCAUUUUUUCCCUCUCAUCCCCCCCCUUCUCCCCCUCAUUUCCCCCCUUGCUCCCUCUCAGCCCCCCCCCCUUCUCCCUCCCAUCUACCCCCGUUCUCGCCCUCAUUUCCCCCCCUUCUCCCUCUCUCAUUUCCCCCACUGCUCCCCUUCAUUUUGCCCCCUGCUCCUUCUCACUUCCACAUUUGCUCCCUCUCAUUUCCACCCUUGCCGCCUCUCACUUCCACCCUUGCUCCCUCUCAUUUUCCCUUUGCUCACCAUCAUUUCCCCCCCUGCACCCUCUCAUUUUCCCCCCUUCUCCCCCACAUGUCCCCCACUUUCUACCUCUCAGUUCACGUGUCCGGAUGCUGUGCAUGUUCACGACAUGCAGGUGAGGGCGGGAUCAGGUGUGGCGCGGGCGGAUCAGCGUAUGCUAGGUGUGCGUGUGCCUGCUGAUUGA